UGUAACGUUUAAAAAAUGAUUUUGUCAAAACUUGUCAAACCUCGGAAUUAUUCAAAAAAUCUAUUUCCAACUGUGCUCGUAAGAAAUGCGACGAAAUGGUAUCCAGAUGCAGAGUAUUUCGCACAGUUUAACGGUCCAGUCAUGUACCCCGUUGGGGACAUAAAAAAUUGGAAGAUAGCGCCAUGGAAUGCGAAAAAAGCUCCAGAAGAAAAGAGAAUACAAAAUAUGGUUUUAAAUUUUGGACCGGCACAUCCUGCUGCACACGGUUGCUUGAGGUUGAUUUUACAUUUGGAGGGUGAGAUCGUUAGGCGACUGGACCCGCAUAUUGGGCUUCUUCAUAGAGGCACCGAGAAAUUGAUAGAGUACAAAACUUAUACCCAAGCUGUACCAUAUUUUGACCGUUUAGACUACCUGUCUACAAUGAGUAAUGAACAUGCUUUUGUCUUAGCAGCAGAAAAAUUAUUGAAUCUUGAAGUACCACGUCGAGCUAAAUAUAUUAGAACAUUGUUUAGUGAAAUCAUGAGGUUGUUGAAUCAUUUAGGAGCAACAUCAUUUUUGUGUCUCGAUGUUGGUGCCAUUACACCCCUGUUUUGGUUUUUCGAAGAAAGAGAGAAGUUGUAUGAAAUUUGUGAACGAGUAUGUGGCUCUAGAAUGCACGCUGCCUAUUUCAGGAUUGGUGGAGUACAUCAGGAUUUACCAUUGGGGCUAAUGGAUGACAUUUAUGAAAUUGUCAAGAAAUUGCCCGAAAGAAUUGAUGAAGUGGAAGAUGUCGUUACAAAAAAUCGAUUAUUUAGAGGAAGAACGGAGGGUAUUGGAGUGGUAGCAGCUCAUGAAGCUUUAAAUAGAGGCUUUACUGGACCUAUGUUAAGAGCGUCUGGAGUAAAAUGGGAUAUCCGAAAAACUCAACCGUAUGAAGUUUAUGACGAGAUGGAGUUCGACAUACCGGUUGGUCAACAUGGAGACAUUUACGACAGGUAUUUAAUUCGAAUGGAAGAAAUGCGACAGUCUUGUAGAAUAGUUCUUCAAUGUUUAAAUAAAAUGCCAAGAGGUGAAAUAUUAACCGAUGAUCACAAGAUUUGUCCUCCGACUAGGGCUGAAAUGAAAACCUCCAUGGAAAGCCUUAUUCACCAUUUCAAAUUGUUUUCGCAAGGAUUUCAAGUCCCUCCAGGUACCACGUAUACUGCUGUAGAACAUCCAAAAGGUGAAUUUGGCGUUUAUUUAGUAUCAGAUGGAAGUUCCUUGCCGUAUAGAUGCAAAAUCAGAGCUUCCAGUUUUAUACACUUAUCGGGAAUUGAUUAUAUAGGAAGGAAUUUGUUCUUAGCGGAUAUUGUAGCUAUUUUAGCUACCCUAGAUAUCGUUUUUGGUGAUGUGGAUAGAUGAUCAAGUUACUUUAAUUAGAAUUAUAUUGUUACAAUAAUUUUGAUAUUAUAUAUCUUGAUAUUUAA